AAUAAGAGAUUGUAUGGGGUGGGAUUACUUAUGAGAGUGAAGACAGACAAACUGGUGACUUGUGUGCACACAUUCCUUUUCAGGGUGAAGAGGCUAAAUCUUGAAUGUGAGGUGAGGGAGAGGAUGUGAGUGAACGGGGCCCCAAGAUAUACAGUUCUGUAUACUGGCCAUCAGGUGACCGUGUCUACUCAGAUUCUGUCAAAUUUUAAGAACAAAUGCACCUUAUAGCUCAUGGAAGAAAAAACACAAAUCAAGACUUUUUUGGGUUCCAAGUUGCCAAAGUAUGGAGCAAAAUCUGUGAGAAGUACACUGCAGCCAAUGCCAAAUGGGAAACCUGUUAAUUUAUUGGGAACUUCCAAGAGUAGCAACGCCAAAAGUUACAUCAAAAGUAAUGGCUCUGAUUGUUCGUCAUCCCAUUCAUUUAAUUGGAGAGCGGCAAAUAAAUACCAGUUCAGUGCGCAAAGUCCCGAAGAGCCUAGCAGUACUCAGAGUUCACAUGAUAGCGUAACUGAUCCUGAAAAACAUGCACCUGCUCAAGGAAUGUUUGAUAGAAAUGGGAUAAAAGGAGGUCUGAAAAGUAUUUCUUUACUUACAUCAAAGUUAGUAAAGCCACCCACUAUGUUUGUGUCAUCUACAGAGGAGUUAAACCAAAAGUCUUUGUCUGGACCAUCUAAUUUGGGUAAAUUCACCAAAGGCACAUUAUUAGGAAGGACUUCAUAUGCUUCGGUCAGUGCUCCAAAGUCACAGUUGAAUGGCUUUUAUGGAAACCGGUCAGCUGGUAGCAUCCAAAGGCCUAGAGCAAACUCCUGUGCCACCCGCAACAGUUCUGGAGAAAGCUUAGCACAAUCCCUAGACAAUAUUAAAUCUCUUGCUUGUGAAAAAAUGGUAAGGUCACAAAGUUUUUCACAUUCCAUUCAGAAUUCAUUCCUUCCACCUUCAUCUAUAACCAGAUCACAUUCCUUCAAUAGAGCUGCAGAUCUUACAAAGCCUUAUCAGAGCCAACAAUUACCCAUUAGAGUGCCUCUGAGGUCAAGUAUGCUAACCAGAAAUUCCCGGCCGUCAGAAGUACUCAAUGGGAACGAACAUUUAGGGUAUGGGUUUAACAGGCCUUAUGCUGCUGGUGGAAAGAAGCUGGCUUUACCGAAUGGUCCGGGUGUGACUUCCACUUUGGGUUAUAGGAUGAUUCAUCCCUCUCUACUGAAAUCAAGCCGACCUCCAUUUUCUGGGACUAUCACAGUUGAUGGCAAUAAAAAUUCACCUGCUGGCGCGUGUAUAGAGGAAGAUGCUGCCCUUGUGGCUAAAGACAGAGCUACUGAAAAAAACCAAGAACGAAUUGAAAAUGCUAAUUAUAGAACAGAAAAUGACCAGACCAUGAAGCACGAUGCUAAAAUUAGAUACCUGAGUGAUGAUGUGGAUGACAUUUCCUUGUCUUCUCUGUCAUCUUCUGAUAAAAAUGAUUUAAGUGAAGACUUUAGUGAUGAUUUUAUAGACAUAGAAGACUCCAACAGAACUAGAAUAACUCCAGAAGAAAUUUCUCUCAAAGAAGAAAAGCAUGAAACUGUACCACCAAAGGAUAUACUUGAUACCCCCAAGGAAAAUGAAAAAUCCUUCAGUAAAACUGAUGAAUGGAUUGAUAUAAGUGUCUCUGUUGAAGACAGGAGUGAAUGUUCAAAACAUACAUCUGGGAAUAACUUGGUUUCACCAGAUACAGAUUACAGAGCUGGUUCUUCGUUUGAACUCUCUCCAUCUGAUAGCUCUGAUGGGACGUACAUGUGGGAUGAAGAGGGCUUGGAGCCCAUUGGAAAUAUCCACCCAGUUGGGAGCUAUGAGUCCUCCGAGAUGAACAGCAUAGAUAUCCUGAAUAAUCUUGAAUCAUGUGACCUUGAGGAUGAUGACCUUAUGCUUGAUGUGGAUCUACCUGAGGAUGCACCUCUCGAAAAUGUGGAGUGUGACAAUAUGAACCGCUUUGACCGAUCAGACAGAAAUGUUCGGCAGUCUCAGGAAGGAUUUUGGAAAAGGCCACCCCAGAGGUGGAGUGGACAGGAGCAUUACCACCUCAGCCAUCCUGACCACUAUCAUCACCAUGGAAAAAGUGACUUGAGCAGAGGCUCUCCCUAUAGAGAAUCUCCUUUGGGUCAUUUUGAAAGCUAUGGAGGCACCCCCUUUUUCCAGGCUCAGAAGAUGUUUGUAGAUGUCCCAGAAAAUACAGUGGUACUGGAUGAGAUGACCCUCCGGCACAUGGUUCAGGAUUGCACCGCUGUCAAAACUCAGUUACUCAAACUGAAACGUCUGCUGCAUCAGCAUGAUGGAAGUGGUUCAUUGCAUGAUGUUCAACUCUCAUUGCCAUCCAGUCCGGAACCAGAAGAUGGUGAUCAAAUAUACAAGAAUGAAGAUUUGUUAAAUGAAAUAAAACAACUUAAGGAGGAAAUAAAGAAGAAAGAUGAAAAAAUCCAACUAUUAGAACAUCAGCUUGCAACUCGGUGUAACUGCCACCAAAAAUCUAAAGAAGAAAAAUGCACAUAUGCUGAUAAAUAUACCCAAACACCCUGGAGAAGAAUUCCUCCUCAAGUACUACAGCCUUCCAGCAGCCUGCCCAGACCCACAAACCCCGCCCAGGGAAAACUAACAAAGCCGCAGCACAUCGAGGCCCUCAGUGAGCGCACAGCCCAGGACGCGCAUCAGGGUGUUGCACAUCCGGAUGGAAGCUUCACACGUGGCUUGCAGCAAGAAAGCAACAAUGGUCUGGAAGGCCAGCCUUUUUCAUCAAGCCUGCAGUUUACUAAGGAUGUGACGAAGAGUACGCCCUCUGCAGCAAACUUGAACAUGACCAUGAAUGCUCAAGAGCCUUAUCAUUCAGCAAGUCAUCAAAUUAGUGCCAUGCAGUUUGUACCCACUUCUCUCCAGACGCCUCCCCAGUCAAGUACAGCAGACCAGGCUAAGGGAGUUGGAAGAAAUCAGUCUUCACUGGAGGGCUACACAUCUCAGCCCAAAUCCUUGCAGCUUCUUAAGCCAUCCGUUUUGAAUUCUUUGGUACCUCCACCGGUUCCUGAAACAUCUCCAAGUAGGACUCACACUUGUAAGAAGUCACCAGUGAUCACACCAUGUAAUUCAGCAAAACCGCAGCCAACAUCUAGUCAGACAACUCUUGCAAGUAAUCCAAAUCUAAAAGCAUCUAAGCUCCGCCCCCCUUCUGGCUCUUUCAAACAAAAACAAACAAGCAGCCCCCGACUAGAGCCUCCAAACCUCCAGGCCAAGACAAGCAUCCCAAGGCCACUGAUGAGAAGAAAGGAGAUUGUGCAGAACCCUAAUGACAGUUUGAAUUCUGGGGAUUGUUUGGCCUCUAAUCAAUAUUCUCGUCUUCCUAAACCAAAGAUACAUUAAGUAAAUAGCCAUCACCUGCCACUUUGCUUUUUUUUUUUUUAAAAAAAAAAAGAAAAAGGUUUGUUCUGUAAUAAACUUUAUGUGCAGUUUGCUACCGUGAUGGAGGUUCCAUUGAAAGCUUGCAAAUCGUAAAAUUAAAAUGUGGAAGCUUCUACUCAUUUGGCUCUUACAUUUUAUAUCCUGGUUGAAGUACACAGCAUUUGAGCAUAUUUGUCUCAGGUAAACACAAAAGUUUGCUUACCCAUCGGAGGUCUACAGAAGGCUCUAAUCAUGUUAUUCCAUCCCUCUGCACAUCAGAAAAUUCCUAGCGUUCCACUUAGCAGGCAACACAUGUGCUUUGCUGAUUGCGUCCUUCUAAGGUCUGUAUUGUGGUUCUCAGAGCCUCACCCCUUUUCACGUGUUCCUCCUGUGAAUGUGGUUACUAUUUUAACUAAAGAUUUGGUGAUAAUGGAAGAUAGUAAGCAGAAUUCUGGCCAGUGAUUUGUAUAUUUAUAAGGUCUAUGCAAAAGUUCUGUGAUGAAUAAAGGUGAUCAGGCUUUGAA